CGGGGAUUCGGGGAUGAACACACCGGAGAGGAGCAAGGUCGGAACGCCGACGUCAAAGGUCGAGGAUUCUCCGGUCUUCAGCUUCAUCAAUAGUUUGUCUCCUAUCCAGCCAGUUAAAUCUACACAUUCUGCACAAGCAUAUCAUACUUUAAGUUUUGCAUCUAUAUCUUCAGUCUUUACAUCCCCACAUGCGAAUCUACAAAGAGAAGCUAGGAUUCCAAUACGGGAUUCCGUUUCAGAUUUGCCAAAGCAUGAGACUUCUUCUGAUAAUGGGGCUGGAAAUAAUCAUUGUGUGGGGCCAUCUAAUGUGGUGAAACCAUCUAUUUCUGCCGGAACACGCUCUCUCAGUGAAAGCAGCUGUUGACAAUUCUGUAGAAUGUUCAAAUUCAUCUUGUGAUUUACCACAACCUUUGCCUUAUGAUUGCCACAGUCCUCACCACAAUGCCACACCUUGCCAUGUCAUAAAAUCUGUUUUGAAGUCGGUUUUGGAUAAUACACCAGAUGAACUGGUUGAAUAUGAUGAAGAUUGCCUGGGCAAGACAGAGAUUUUAUUUUCAACUGAAACUGAACUUCAGGAUGAGCAGACUGAGGCAAAAGUUGUAGAUCAUAACUGGGAUGACUUGAUUUCUAAUGAUGCUGACAAUCUCAUGAUAUUUGACUCCUCUACUGAAUUAGAGGCCUGUGAAGUUCCAGACAUCUGUGAAGCAAAAAAUGUCCCUCGUGUAGAACAGACUGAAGGGGUCAGAGACCAAGAUGAAACAGGACAUAGGUGUCGAGUUUUCUCAGAGAAUUGUGAGAAUCAGGCUUUUAUAAAAGACAGAAAUCAAGAAAUGGGACAUGGCUCCACUUCUGGCAUUUCAAUCGCCUGCAAGAUUGAAUCUCAGCUACAGCGUGGCAUGCGAAGGCGCUGUCUAAACUUUGAGGGAGUUCCUGAAAUGGGCUUGCAAAAUGACUCUACUGCUUCUCAUUCAAAUGGAGCUCAUCCUACCAGCAAUAUAUUACCAGUCCCUUUCAAGGCUGGAAAUCCUUCAACAUGCAUAGUGCCUGGUAUUGGCUUACAUUUGAAUACUCUUGGAUUGAAGGAUAGAUUUCUCAGCCGAGAAACACUGGUUUCUGGACAAAGGUUAAUAAGUAUGCCAAGCCCCAUUUGUCCAUUUCAUUCAACAACUGGACUCGAGCCUCACGAUAAGUCCUUGUCUGUUGAUAAGGAUCUAGUUACUGGGAGUGGGAUUCAUAACCUUAGUAUAAUGCAUGAUGAUGUUUCACAGUCGUCUGCUCUCAUUAGUGGCAAAGACUUGCAUCAAAGCAGCCCUAAAAAGAAAAGGCGCAAGUUGGAAAUUGGUGCUGAAAAUAGAGAAGGCUGCAAGCGCUGCAACUGUAAGAAGUCAAAAUGCUUGAAGCUUUAUUGUGAGUGCUUUGCUGCUGGUGUCUUCUGUGCCGAGCCAUGCUCUUGUCAAUCAUGUUUCAACAAGCCUAUUCAUCAAGAAACAGUUCUCAAUACCCGCAAGCAGAUAGAAUCUCGCAAUCCAUUAGCAUUUGCUCCAAAAGUAAUAAGGCCAUCCGACCCUGAUCAGGAAAUAGGGGAGGAAUUGAACAAGACUCCAGCCUCUGCACGCCAUAAAAGAGGUUGCAAUUGUAAGAAGUCAAGCUGCUUAAAGAAAUACUGCGAAUGCUAUCAGGGUGGUGUUGGAUGCUCAGUUAGUUGCAGAUGUGAAGGUUGUAAGAAUGCAUUUGGAAGAAAGGAUGGGUCUCUGCCAAUAGAAGAUGAAGAAUUCGAGCAGGAAGAAGAACAAAAGGAUGCUAACCUAAAUGUGAGUGAUGGACUAGAUGCUGGCGAACAAAGUGCAGAUCCUACAAAUGAUGAGCUUCAGUACCCAGAGAGUGUCUUGCAGUUAACUCCUUUUCAGGUUAUAAGGCCAUCUAUGGACUUGGCGAUACUUUCAAGUGGCCAGACCCCACUAUCCUCAUCCCUCACAACUGUAACUUCUGCUAGCUUUAAUUCAUUUGCAACCCUGAGAAGAUUUGAAAUGCCACUUUCUCAAUGCAAACUCGGAAAGCUUGCCAGGGUUGAUUCAGAGGAUGAGACUCCUGCAAUUUUAAAAGGCAAUGUAUCACCAAUCAACAGUGUGAAAGCCACAUCACCUAAUCAGAAGAGAGUAUCACCUCCACAGUUUGGUACUCGGUUGUCUCCGAAUCAUAAAGGAGGAAGGAAGUUGAUACUAAAAUCAAUUCCUUCAUUCCCUUCUUUGAACAAUGAUUUGUCCCAUGAAAUCUCGGCGAAUUAUUAUGAUAGUUCUCUCGAUAUGCCUUCUCAGAGUUGAGAUUGCAAUGAAGUAGAGUAUCUUCAUCAAGAUUUCUCAAUGCAAAGGACAACCUAUUGAAGUUGCUUUCGUCUCUCUGGGGGUUCUCUACUAAUCUGAGGUAUCUUCCUAAGGAGUCCAAGCUCUGCAUUUGUAUCUAUUUUAUUUUAUCUUUUUUACCUAGUGUCUUCCUAAAAAUGUACUUUUUCACAUUAGAAGUAAAAUAAUGAAGAUUUUGCGUUUUUUUAGUUAAUA